UUUUGACUUGCAAAUGAGGAACGGUGCUGCAUGCAGGACGUCAGCACAGCAGCAACCACCAGCUUCCUCCACCGCCCUCCCUCUCUCUGUGUGGCCUGGCCUUCCUCAUAUAAACUGUGCAGAAGGAAGUCAUAAAGGGUUUCUCACAGAUUCACCGUGAAGACGCGCAGACAGGACAGUGCUGCAGCAGUUCCUGUGGUGACCGUCUCUGUUUUAACCGCCGUCUAACCCGGGUUGGUCUUUCCAGACCCGGAAACAUGGCAGCUUCGUCCUUCAACCAGUCCAGAAGCAACAGUAACUCCAGCUGUUAUGAAGACAUCCAGGACACUUCAGCCCACAUCUUCUUCAUGGUGAUCUACACCCUGGUGUUUCUAGUCGGUUUGUUCCUCAACGGUUUCACCCUGAACGUUUACUUCUUCAGGGGUCAGCGCCACGCGUCCAGCGUCACCAUCUUCCUGAAGAACCUGGCAGCGGCCGACUUCCUCAUCAGCCUCUGCCUCCCUUUGCGAAUUAUGAAGUAUGCCAACAUUAAAUCUGAGAUCAUCCGCAAGGUCUACUGCAACUUCGGCGCCUCCGCCUUCUACCUGAACAUGUACGCCAGCAUCACGUUCAUGGGCUUCAUCGCCGCUAACAGGUACCUGAAGAUCGUCCACCCUUUGGGAAAUCACAUGCUGCAGACAGUACGAGGUGCUAAGAUAAUAUCCAUUGUAACCUGGGUCUUCCUCAUCACUGUGACGAGCUCCUACAUCCUGGUCUCUCUUAUAACAGAAAACUCGGUAUUUGAAACACUAACAAAAGUGAGCUGUGAUGAGAUGCACAGUAAAGAGCUCAGCGUGCUUUACAAAAUCAUCCACGUCUUCUCGGCCACCAUCUUCGUGACCGUCCUCGUCUGCCUGGUUGUCUUCUACUACAAAACCUCUCGCAAGCUUUCAGUGGCGCAGGAGAAGCAGCCUGCAUCUACUGGGUCCAAGAAGCUCGCCAGAUCGCGCAGAAACAUGCUGGUGCUGGUCAGCGUCUUCUGCGUCUGCUUUGUCCCCUACCACCUGGUUCGCCUUCCUUACGCCUACACAUCCAAGACCAACAACUGUUCGUGGAGACAGGUGUUCUUCUACGUGAAGGAAAUGGCGGUCUUUGUGUCCGUUCUCAAUGUUUGUCUGGACCCGCUCAUCUACUUCAUCUUCUGCAAGGCCUUCCGGGCCAGGUUGAGCCUCAGGAACAUGCAAACCACUACAGAGGUGUCAACGGUCGCAGCGAACGGAGAGAGGAGGAGCAGCGAUACGCAGAGCUCCAUCAAAAGGAAGCUAUCGCUCACCCCAAUGACAAGGACCAGCGUGCUGUAGCUUUAAGCUAACACACGAACAACUGUGAUGAAUGUGAGCUUUAAAAACUGCGACUAUAUGCCAAAGCUGCCUGCUGGGACCAGCCAUUUCAGGAUGCUGGGUGGUACCACGUCGGGCUUUUCAAAGACCUACACUGAAAUGUUUCUGUUUGCUAUCAAACAGUCAAAGGCCUAAAUAUUAAGAAAAGUCAUGUCAGUACACUGAAGUAUUUUUUUUGUAGAUGCAGAAUUUCAUCACUUAGUAACUAUUUAUCAUCUAUCUUCUGUUUUAAGUCUGUGACUGUAAAAAAUCCCUGAUGGCCGGCUAAACUACAAGCCAACAUAUCUCAACAUAUCUCAGAGGUUUUGACAUUUUAUCACCUCUUCCUGCACUGAUGUACCUUUAAAACGUCCGAAUCAGCCUCUUUUCAAACUCAUUUACAGGAAGCAGUCCGAUUUGGUCUCAGGUGAACUGGACCAGUAAAACCACUGCAUAAAAACCUAUGUGUUUGAAAAAGUGUAAAUAUGUACAUUCUGUUAUUGUUCACUUAAACCAGAGCCACAAUCUGUAUGUAAACGACUCUGUAUAUAAAUAAAUGUAAUACAUUUAUCACACUGAAAUAGGGCUUUGUUCCUAAGCAUCACACAGUACAAGUCCCUCCAAAAAGUCAGUUUCAGGCAGGCGCCAGCUUUCAUAUAACCAACUGACGCGACCACAGACGCAGGCAGAGGAACAAUGACUCACUGCAUCGAGAGGGGUUUUUCUACAAACAUCUUUGGAAAACCUCGGCCUCUUUAUCACGAGGAAAAGGUUUGAAUUUUGACUUGCAAAUGAACAAAUAUGGCACUUCAACACACGCACAGGCUUUUUCUGCAACUCUUCUUCCUCCCACGCCCUUCCUCCAUGUGUCAUCACACCUUUCUGACAUAAACCUGGGCCAAAGGACAUCACAGACAGGCGAAGGUCACUGCACUCUGUACACCUACUACACCAACAAUACUAUGCAGAUCUCUUAUAUUUCUCUGCUACAAAUACUGUAAAUAAGUCCUGUAUGCACUUAGAUAUGAGCUAAUGUAAAUGAAAGAUUAGUAUUCUCCUAAAAGGUGUGAAUUAAAAAGUCUGUUUACUUAAGUGAAAGUGAUCAAUACAACAAUGAAAAAGA